CGCCCACAUUUUACUCCAGCUGAAGGAAUGGAGCAAAAAUAUUCACCAAAUAAAUGUUGCCUCAGCAUGUUCUAGGUUUUUGCAUUUAAUUUUCCCCAAUAUUUUUGGUCAGUUUUUGAAAUGGGUGCUCUCAGAAUUCUUUGCCGGCUCAUCACCUCUGAGCAAAAUCUGAGGCGGCUUUUGGCCAGGAACCAAGUUCACCAAAAUACCAGGUUGUGGGCAAAGCAUAGUGUGAAUGGCACCUAUUCUUCUGGAUUCUGCACAUCCACGGUGGACUAUAAAAAGAAAAAGGACGCAGUCCAGGUGAACCCGAAAGCAAAAACAAAACCUCAUGUUAUUGAAGUUUGGCGAAACAUGACUGUAAAAGAAUUAGCUAAUACAAUGGACAAAAGUAUAGAUCACAUUUUUGAAGUUUUUGUGUAUGUGGAUAAUUCAGCGCCAUACAGAAGACCAAACUCUGUGAUCCACAAUUUUGCAGUCAUCCAGGAAACAGCAAAAAAGUCUGGUUUUAGGUUUAAGGUGGUUCCUCACCCCAGCGAGCGAGUCGUCGAUGAAGGUUCAAAGCACAAAGAUGCAGUUAAAAGGCCACCUGCAGACCCUUCGAAGCUUGUAAAAAGACCUCCUGUUGUCACAAUCAUGGGUCACGUUGAUCACGGUAAAACUACGCUAUUGGAUUCUUUGAGAAAUACAAAGGUGGUCGACUCUGAAUUCGGAGGAAUCACGCAACACAUAGGAGCCUUUUCAGUUGCACUACAAAACAAGGACAGAGUCACUUUUCUGGAUACUCCAGGCCAUGCUGCAUUUACAGCAAUGAGAGCGCGAGGCGCCGACGCAACUGACAUUGUCGUCCUUGUUGUUGCUGCUGAUGACGGAGUCAUGGAGCAAACGGUUGAGUCCAUCCGCAUGGCCAAGGAAUCUAAUGUUCCAAUAAUUGUGGCCAUCAAUAAAAUUGACAAACCCCAGGCAGACAUAGGUAGAACAAAAAAAAUGCUCCUAAAUCAUGGAAUCCAACUUGAAGAUUUUGGAGGUGAGGUUCAGUCUGUUCCGAUAUCUGCUUUGAAAGGGACAAACUUGAAAACCCUAGUUGAGGCAAUUGCCCUUCAAGCAGAAAUUAUGGACCUUAAAGCUGAACCUGUGGGUUAUGUGGAGGGUAUUGUAAUCGAAUCAAGGACAGAUCCUGGCCGAGGGAAACUGUCCACUGCCUUGGUACAAAGGGGUACCCUUCGCAAGGGAUGCUUUCUGGUGGCUGGAAAUGCAUGGGCAAAAGUGAGAGCAAUGUUUGACGAUGCUGGCCGUCCACUGAACGAGGCUUUACCGUCCACUCCUGUAGAAAUUCUAGGCUGGAGAGAAUUGCCCUCAGCAGGAGAUGAAAUUAUCGAGGUUGAAUCUGAGAAAAUUGCUCAGGAUGUGAUGAAAUUUAGGCAAGAACAGAAAAAGGAGCAACAAGUUGAGGAGAUCAAAGAAGUGCUUGAGAGGAAAUCUUUGGAACACCAAAAGGUGUACCAAACCCUUUUGGAGGAAAAACGGAAAAUUGGUUGGUAUCGUUUCCGACGAAAAGGGCCUCGGGAAAAAGAAUUUGUCAAAAAAGAUGAGGGUCCUGAACUCAAUAUUUUGGUCAAAGGUGAUGUGGAUGGCUCCGUUGAAGCAAUCCUGGACGUUCUUGAGACUUAUGAUGAAGAAAGACAGUGUAAAUUAUCUCUUAUACACUAUGGCGUGGGCAUGAUCACCGAAAACGACAUUGAGCUGGCAUCAGCCUUUGAUGGAAUGAUUUACACUUUUAAUCUGAAAACACCACCUAGAUUAAUGGAUUUGGCACGGCAGAAAUCAGUUUCUGUGAAACCUCACAAUGUGAUCUACAAAUUGGUCGACGACAUCAAAGACGAAGUCAGCAGCAGGUUACCUCUCAAGAAAGUUGAGGAUUCUGUUGGCGAAGCCAAUGUUUUACAGUUUUUUGAAAUUACUGACGGUAAAAAGAAAGUUGGCGUUGCUGGCUCCAGAUGCAUCAAGGGGAUGCUUAAAAAAUCAACUCCAGCAAGAGUUAUAAGAAAUGGCGAAAUUAUUUAUGAAGGAACUGUUUACCAACUGCGGCAUCUCAAGAAUGAAGUAGACUCGGUGAAAAAGGAUGUUGAAUGUGGAAUUCGACUUGACAAGAACGAUCUCCAAUUUGAGCCGGGCGACAUCAUUCAGUGUUACACAUUACGGGACGAAACGCAAAAAUGUGAAUGGGACCCUGGAUUUUAAAUUGAGUCAAUAAAAAAAGAUAAGACUGUUAAUGAAGCAAAUUCAUUUU